AGUAAAUAAGUGCGCAUGACAGAAAUAGUUGCGAUGAACUUGACAGUGCUGUAAACAAUCAAGAUAAAACUGAAAAUAUUGAAGUUAAAUCAACAUCAUGUCGUUUAGAGAUUUAAGGAAUUUUACAGAAAUGAUGAGAGCCUUGGGCUAUCGAAGAUUGAUAUCAAUAGAAAAUUUUCGUACACCAAAUUUUCCACUGGUAGCUGAAGUUUUGACAUGGUUGGUUAAAAGGUUUGAGCCCAAUGCAGAUAUACACAAUGAUAUUGACACAGAACAGGAUAGAGUUAUAUUUAUCAAAAAUGUUGCAGAAUUUAUGGCUACUAAGGCACAUAUUAAACUAAAUACAAAGAAGUUAUAUCAGGCAGAUGGUUAUUCUGUUAAAGAAUUAUUAAAAGUAACAAGUGUAUUAUAUAGUGCUGUUAAAACUAAUGUAGAACAAGCUCUAGAGAAUGCUGAUGAAGAAUCAUCUACUGUUUCCUUUGAUGUAUCAUCUAGAAUAAGUGAUUUAAAGGAAGCUAGAAUGUUAGCAUCAACUAUAACAACUAAAGGUGCAGCUCUGUAUGAUUUAUUAGGAAAAGAAGUAGAUCUUAGGGAAAUACGAGUAAAUGUGAUUGCAAAGUCUUUAGAAGUUGACGAAGUUGAAAGGGGUUUAAAAGGUUCAAUUAAAGCUGUUGAGAAUGAUAUUAAGAAAACUUUAACAAUGUUAGAUAACGUUGCAUCAGAUGAAGCCAAUUUAGAAGCUAAAAUUGAUAAACGAAAAAAUGAAAUGGAACGAAACCAAAAACGACUUAUGACCUUACAGAGUGUCAGACCCGCUUAUAUGGAUGAAUAUGAAAGAUUUGAAGAAGAUUUACAAAAAUUAUAUGCACAAUAUUUAAUUAAAUUUCGUAACUUAACUUACCUAGAGCAACAAUUGGAAGAACAGCAAAAAUCAGAUCAGGAUAAAGUUGAGGAAACUGAUGCUGCCCUAAAAGUUAUGGCUGAGAAAAUCAAAAAUGAAGAGAGAAAGCAACAUCAGAUAACUCCAGAUGAUGACGAUGAUGAUGAUGAAGAUGAUAAAGAUAUGUUUGGUCCUGAUGAUGACUCGGAGGAAGAGGUUAUAGAAAGACGUGAACGUCCAGUCAAUCACAGAAUAAGACCCGAGGGAAGACCUGCUGCAGCUGGUCAAAGAGGAGCAGGUGGGCGAGUUGCUGGCUCCAUGAAUCCUGAUUUAAGUGAUGACAGUCAGUCAGAUGGUUCAGGGGAUUCAGAUAUAGAUCUUGAUGAUGAUGAUGAUGACGAUGAUGAUGAUGAUUUGGUAUAUGCCCCCCCUCAUGCCCAAAGAGCACGAGGCGUCCCUCCUAAAACUGAAUUAGGAGAUAGUGAUAAUGAUUUUUAGUUUAAAUAAUUUAUUUUAAUUUACAUGUGAACAUAUUUUAGCAUAAUAACUAAAAAAAAAAAAAACAACUUAAAGGUUCACAAGUACACUGAGAAUAUCAUAAAAUUGUAUUAGUCCAAAAUCUGUGUUGACAAAUUUUAUUAUCUUCCCUUUAUAGAUAAUAAAUUUUAUCAAGAAUAAGUAGUUCACUUGGUCGACCUUCCAAAUUUAUUUUUAUUUGAAAUGAUAAUAUUUAUAAUGACCUUGAAAUGUCCAUCAUUAAAUAAUUUAAAAAUAGAGUGUCAAGUUCUAACCACUGUUUGAUUUUGGGCUUGCUCAUUUAUGUUUUGCAAGCAUACUACACGAUUGUAAAAUAUCAAAACAACUUCUCUUGAAGUGUCUUGGAAGAUAUGCAUGAUGCAAUUAGUAACAAAUAUAUUUUUUAUGUCUUUGUGUAACAAACCAGUGAUUGUAUUUCAUAUAUGUUGGUUUUGAAAUAGGUGAAAGUAAAAACUUUAUCAGACAUCAUAUGGUUAUUGUAGAAAAAUCCAGUUUGAUCACUCACAUUCCAAAUCCGUCCAAAAGAAAUGUCCAUUUUUGUUUUGUUUAUUGAAAUAGAAGAAGAAAUAUUUGUUGUGUAUUUUCUUACAAUUGUGACAUUUAUAUGUACAGAAAUAAAAUAUUUAAAAAGUU